GUUCGUGCACGCGCCAACCGCGUGCGCUUCCGAAGACCCAAAGCCCUGAACCCCUUCGCUAGUCCUCAAAGGCACCAUCUUUUUCCGAUCUCUGCUCCCAAAUUCGCCAUGGCGACUUUCGGUCGCCGGAGCUUGACCUCAGGCUUCACGCUCAUUGCCCGCCACCGCCUCCUCCCUUCAUUCUCCCACCUCCUUCCCAACUCCCUCGACCGCGAUCAAUCCCAAUCUCAGCCCCUGUCCCCUUCAUUCGCAUCUCAGAUCCGAAACCCUAGAAAUCUAGGGUUUCCUCUCCCUCUAGGUCUCGAUCCCUUCCUCAGAUCCUACUCCUCUUCGUCGUCAUCUGGCUCCCAUGGAUCUGACGAGAUCAUCAAGGAUGAUGCCGACGUCUUGAUCGAUCCGGCGAUUGAUACCUCGUUGUUGGAUUCUGUUGCCUCUGCCGUUCCUGCCGCGGAUUCUUACCUUCCUGUUGCUGCGCUGCAGCACUUGAUCGAUUUGGUUCAUUCUUUUACUGGGGUUAAUUGGUGGGCUUCCAUUGUGUUGACGACGAUUUUGAUUCGUACGGCGACUAUGCCGCUGGUGCUUAAUCAAAUUAGAUCUACUACCAAACUCAGCGCUAUGAGACCAGAGAUGGAGGAGCUCAAGGACCAAAUGCAGAAUUCUAUGGAUCCACAAACUAUGAUGGAAAAUCAAAAGAAGAUGAAGGCAAUUUUCAAAAAGCAUGGGGUUACUCCAUUUACUCCACUGAAGGGACUUCUCAUCCAGGGCCCUAUCUUUAUUAGUUUUUUCCUGGCUAUCCAAAACAUGGUUGAGAAAGUUCCAUCUUUUAAAGGUGGGGGAGCAUUGUGGUUUACUGAUUUAACCAUCCCGGAUCCUUUGUAUGCACUUCCCAUUUUGACUGGAUUGACCUUCUUGGCAACAGUGGAGUUGAAUAUGCAAGAGGGUAUGGAAGGCAAUCCGAUGGAGGGCACUAUGAAGAAGUUCUCUAGGGGAAUGGCUGUUCUGACAGUUCCUUUGACAGCAACUUUCCCACAGGCAGUUUUUUGUUAUUGGAUCACAUCAAACCUUUUUUCCCUUGUUUAUGGCGCCGUUCUCAAGCGCAAAAUAGUAAGGAAAUUCCUGAAUCUCCCUGAUAUAACUCGGUCUUCUAAUUCUGCACCUGCCUCUUCAGUUUGGGGUGUGAAGAACCCUAAACCCUAAUUCUGGUUCUAGUUCCUAUUCUUCUUCUGCUGCAUUGCCAGCUUCAGGAUCUGAGCCGAUCAAGGCAGAUCGCAGAAUUUCUUCAUCUUCUGUUAUGAGCCAGCGAUAAGAAAACCUAGAAAAGCAAGUGAAAGGUAGAAACAAAAACAAGAAAAGGUGACAAAUGUCUGGGACUAGCUAGCAAUUGGUCAGUUAUGUAGAAGAACAAUCUUUCAGUGGCUAAUUUUCUGAUCUGACGCACGAAAAGCAAUUUUUAGUCGGAUGAGACUGUCGACAUGUAACCCAGUAUAGAUCAUGGUAUGUUCUUUAGCACUCAAAUUGUAUGAGCUGCGUCCAGGAGGAGAUUAUGUUCCCGGAUUUUUACUGAAUGCCCCUUUAGUCUUUUCUAAUGUUACUGAUAUUUUAAAAUAUGCUCUCUCACUGUUUGAUUUUCCUGUUUCUUUUUGUUGUUUUAAGAGCUGCGAAAGGGGUUGUUGGGACCUGUAAUGUAUUCUUUGAACAUUUCUCUAGUAUUUAAUUGGUUAAAUUGGUGAAAA